UUUUACCACAAAGACUUGACGUAUUUACACUGAAUAGAAAUAAUAAAUUGUGAUAAUUAGAAAAUAUAUAUUAUACUGUAAAUAAAGAAUCAUUUUUAAGAGAUUUUUUUCGUAGUGAAUAAUUUCGAUAUUUUCAAUCAAAUAUAUUCUGCUUUGUAACGUCCAUAUAACCGGAUCCAUUUGUGUGAGAGCUGUCAACAAGAACGGGAUACUUUUGUCCUUGCAUUCAUUUCUUUAUAACUUUAAAUAAUUCUUUAAUAAAUAUGCCACGUACUAAGAAGAAAGAAAAACAAAUAGCUAAACAGGAAAGCAAACAAAUAUCUAUAGCUAUUCAGACUGAUGAUACUGACAAUCUUGAGAUAAUUCGUUUGCAAGAACAAUUAAAAAUGUUACAAUUAGAAAAUGAUACUCUGAAAAAACAUGCUGAUAGUAAUUUUCUUUCUUCAAGAAACUUUUCUGUAAAAACUAAUUUGGAUGUCGUUCAAAGUCCAAAAAAAAUUAAUGAAACACUAAAAGGAGAUUCUCAAGUUUUAAAAAGUGCUACCAAACAAAAAACAUGUACGUGCAAAGGUAAUUGUUCUACCAAAAUAUGUGGUUGUGUUAAACACCAACGUAAAUGUGGUCCAACUUGUAAAUGUAAUGAUCAAGCUUGUCAAAACCAGAAAUUAGAAAAUAAAGAAAAUGUAGAAAGUAUGGAAAAUAAAAUGUUAAAUCAAACACAAAAGUUAGAAGAUAUGUCUGCGAAAAGUGAAAAUACACAUCAGGGUUUAUUCAGUCCUACGCAAACGGAUAAUGAAGUUAAGCUCGAUAAUGUUCAGUUUGAGGAAAUAUCUUUUGAUAAUAAAAAAACAUUAACUUAUGAAGAUGAAGAUUUUCAAGAAGAGGAAACAGUCGUGAAGAAGGAUUUAAAUCAAAGAAAAAAGAAAAAUAAACAGCAACAUGAAGACACAUAUAAUAUAUCUGAAGUGAAUACAAGCUUUGAUCCUAUGAAACCAAAACGACAAUUACCAAGAACUCCGCCACAUGCCAAUGUUGAUUCUGAAUCUGAUAAUGUUGUAACUAAUGUUGAAACACCUACAGAAAAAAUUGAACAAAAAGAUGAUACCAUUCCAGAAGUAUUGAAUCAAGAGAAUGUAGAUUUGGAUAAACUCAGUAUAGAACUCGUUAAAUGUAAUAAAUGUAAAAGAAAGUUUUAUCCAUGGAGAGUAGAAGUACACGAAAGUGCUUGUCAUAGAUUGUAAUCAAUUAUUUACAUAAACAUAUCUGACUAUAACAAAUGAAAUGUCUAUUUUAUAUAUUUGACAUGAUAAUUAUUAUAAUAACUAUAUAUUAAUAAUGAUAAACAAUAUACGAGAAAUUAAAAUUUUUAACAGAAAGAUCAUAGAAUAAUUAUCAGAAUCCUAUCUUAAGUUAAUAAGGGAAAAUAAUACACUAAAUCUUUGGCCCAUUCAAUAUAAUUAUACCGAACAA